UGCAUCUCUAAUAUCUCAAAUAUCUCGAAUAUUUGUAAAUCGUUCUUGAAACAUGCAAUUUUGAACAAUCAAUAAUUCCGAUUGUUAACCGGAUCCAGCCUUCCGAUAUAUUCAUCAGCCUCAUAUGGGUUUAACUAUAUAAUUGAAACUCCUCCUUAUUGGGGUUUUAGGCGGGGUAUAGCUCAUGUAUCGCGCUGCUACGAGGUGCGUGUUCACCCGUUUGAGGUGGCCUCGAAAUACUACACAGUUAAGAUAUCUUCAUCUGACUCGACAGUCUCUCGUAUCUUCGGGGGUUCCUUUAAGUUUUCACCGUGGCAAUCUGAUUGGCAAUGGCCAGUCCGUUCAGCGUUACUCUUCUUUUCAGCUGCGCGACGAUACAAUCUACGCGCUAUCAACAGCCGAAGGCAAGGCUGGCAUCGCGGUGAUCCGAAUAUCCGGCCCCGCGUGCAGAUAUAUUUACCAUGGGCUCUGCCCGAGCAAACCCUUCUUAAAACCUCGCCAUGCCACCAUCAGGACACUGUAUCAUCCGGAUUCGAGCGAAUCGGAAAUUCUCGACUCGGAAGCUUUAGUACUUUUUUUCCCAAAUCCCAAAACAGUCACUGGCGAUGAUGUCCUGGAACUGCAUGUGCAUGGAGGCAGUGCAACUGUAAAAGCUGUUCUUGCAGCAAUUCCUAAAUGCGCCGCAGAAGGCCCAAUUCGUUACGCCGAACCCGGUGAAUUCACCAAGCGAGCUUUUCUCAAUGACCGGCUUGAUUUAGCCCAGGUCGAGGCUCUGAGCGAGACUCUCGCCGCAGAGACAGAGCAGCAGCGGCGAGCGGCGGUUCGCGGCAGCAGUGGCUCUUUGGGUCGAACAUACGAAGAUUGGCGUCAGAAUCUUCUGUAUGCUCGGGCCGAAAUGGAGGCUCUUAUCGACUUCUCCGAAGAUCAGCAUUUCGACGAGUCGCCCGCUUCCCUGGUUGGCAAUGUCACGAAACAGGUUAGGCAGAUCCUUCAGAGCAUACACGUCCACGAAGGGGCGAGCGAGCGAAGCGAACUUCUUCGGAACGGGAUCAAAAUCGCUCUUGUGGGCCCGCCGAAUGUCGGCAAAAGCUCGUUUAUGAAUCAGAUCGUCGGUAGGGAAGCGUCUAUCGUAUCCGGAGAGUCUGGCACCACUCGGGAUAUUAUCGAAGCCAACCUCGACAUUCGCGGGUAUUUGUGUACAUUUGCGGAUACCGCAGGGUUCAGAAGCUCGACUCCACUAGAUCCAACGGGUUCUCGUGAUCCCGUAGAUAUCAUAGGGGCAGUUGAAGAAGAGGGAAUCCGCAGGGCAAGGGUCAAAGCCACGCAAUCUGAUGUCAUCAUCGUACUAACCUCUAUCGAAACGGAUACGCUUGGAAACCCCCAGAUUCGCUUCGAUAUGGAAACUCUAAAACUGGCGGCAGAUAGUAAGGAACGGUUAGUAAUUGUCAACAAGCGAGAUGCCGUCUCUAACGAUGGGUUACGUGUCCUCCUUCGGCGGUUCGCUGAGGAUGUGCUUGGCAAAGUCGAUGGGCUUGAGGGAAUUCGGCCGAUACCCAUUUCUUGCAAGGAGGCGCAAGAUCUAGGUUCUGACCAGAUCGACCCGGGUGGACUCCGGGGGGUCGUAGAUGCGUUGAUUACAUCGUUUACUACAAUGACAUCGCUUCCUGCCACUUUGCAAGACCUCCACGGUGUUACCGAACGUCAGCGACAGCUCCUCGUGAAAUGUAGAGGGCAUCUAGAGAGUUACCUUGAAGCCGUGGGAUACACCGACUUGGCGAGCGAAAAGGGCCCCCACGACGAGCCCGAUGGAAGCGAAGACGUCGAUAUCACCAUGGCGGCUGAGCAUCUUCGUUACGCCGCAAAUCACCUAGGACGGAUCACGGGCCGCGGAGAUGUAGGCGAUGUGGAGGAAAUCCUAGGCGUAAUCUUCGAGAAGUAAGUACCGCGCAUUACUACACUGGAGGAUUCAACUGAUAUUUGAGACAGGUUCUGUGUAGGAAAGUGAUUGAA